CUGUCUUAUGACUGCUGUGGUGGUUUGCUUCGUUGCUAGCACGGUUUCGGCAGUGGAGGUCGAUCUUCCACCGUUUCGUUUUGGUGCUCCUCCCUACUCCGGGAGGCAUCACCUUCCUCCUCCACCAAGACAUCACUACAACUCUCCUCCGCCAAUAAGAUAUUAUCAUUACAAGUCUCCUCCACCGAGAAGAUACAAGCAUAAGUCACCGCCACCGCCAUCACCUCCUCAUCUUCCAUACCAUCACAAGUCUCCUCCGCCAUCAUCACCUCCUCAUCACCCCUAUCACCACAAGCCUCAGCCGCCACCAUCGCCAUUGCGAAAACCGCCAUUCUACCAUUACAAGUCACCUCCUCCACCAACUCCAUCUCGUCAUCCUCACCGUAGGUCACCACCAACUCCAUCUCAACAUCCUCGUCAUAAAAUACCUCCUCCUCCAUUGUCACACAAGUCGCCACCUUCAUCUCAACCUCCUCAUCACAAGCCACCACCUCCUCCUCCCAAGUCACUACCUCUUCCACCAUCAGUCAUUUACAAGUCACCACCUCCUCCUCGCAAGUCAUCACCUCCUCCACCAUUGCUCAUUUACAAGUCACCACCUCCGCUAUCUCAAGCUCCUCCUCACAAGUCACCACCGCAUCCAUCUCAAGCUCCUCCUCGCAUGUCACCACCUCCUCCACCAUCACUCGUUUACAAGUCAUCACCUCCUCCGCCAUUACUCAUUUACAAGUCACCUCCUCCUCUAUCUCGACCUCAUUAUAAGUCACCACCUCCUCCAAUACCAACAACUCCUCCCCUGUCACCUCCAUCCCCAUCUUCCUCCUCAUCUCCUCCCUAUGUUUCUAACUCACCACCACCACCUUUCCUCUCUCCUCCUCCAUCUUCAAUUUACAAGUCACCACCUCCUCCUACACCACAAACUCCUCCCCAGUCACCUCCAUCGCCAUCUUCCUCGUCGUCUCCUCCCUAUAUUUCUAAGUCACCACCACCACAUUCAUCACCUCCACCAACUUCCCUCUCCCCUCCUAUACCUCCUAUUUACAAGUCACCACCUCCUUCUCCACAACCAACUCCUCCCUCGUCACCUCCAUCGUCAUCUUCCCCCUCGUCUCCUCCCUAUGUUUCUAAGUCACCACCACCACCACCACCUUCCCUCUGCCCUCCUUCACCUUCAAUUUAUAUGUCACCACCUCCCCUUACACCACCAACUCCUCCCUCAUCACCUCCAUCGCCAUCUUCCUCCUCAUCUCCUCCCCAUGUUUCUAAGUCACCACCACCAUCUUCAUCAUCUCCACCACCUUCCCUCUCCCCUCCACCUUCGAUUUCCAAGUCACCACCUCCUCGUACACCAACAACUCCUCGCCCGUCACCUCCAUCGCCAUCUUCCUCCUCAUCUCCUCCUCAUAUUUCUAAGUCACCACCGCCAUCUUCAUCGUCUCCACCACCUUCCCUCUCCCCUCCUCCACCUUCUAUUUCCAAGUCACCACCUCCUCCUACACCAACAACUCCUCACCCGUCACCUCCAUCGCCAUCUUCCUCCUCAUCUCCUCCUCAUAUUUCUAAGUCACCACCACCAUCUUCAUCAUCGCCACCACCUUCCCUCUCCCCUCCUCCACCUUCUAUUUCCAAGUCACCGCCUCCUCCUACACCACCAACUCCUCCCCCAUCACCUCCAUCGCCAUCUUCCUCCUCGUCUCCCCAUGUUUCUAAGUCACCACCACCACCACAAUCCCUCUCUCCUCCAUCUUCAAUUUACAAGUCACCACCUCCUCCUACACCACAAACUCCUCCCCCGUCACCUCCAUCGCCAUAUUCCUCUUCGUCUCCACCCUAUGUUUCCAAGUCACCACCACCACCUUCCCUCUCCCCUCCUAUACCUUCUAUUUACAAGUCACCACCUCCUCCUACACCAACAACUCCUCCCCCAUCACCUCCAUCGCCAUCUUCCUCGUCUCCUCCCCAUGUUUCUAAGUCACCACCACCACCAACUUCCCUCUGCCCUCCUUCACCUUCAAUUUAUAUGUCACCACCUCCUCCUACACUAUCAACUCCUCCCUCAUUACCUCCAUCGCCAUCUUCCUCCUCAUCUCCUCCCCAUAUUUCUAAGUCACCCCCACCAUCUUCAUUAUCUCCACCACCUUCCCUCUCCCCUCUUCCACCUUCUAUUUCCAAGUCACCACCUCCUCCUACACCAACAACUCCUCGCCCGUCACCUCCAUCGCCAUCUUCCUCCUCAUCUCCUCCUCAUAUUUCUAAGUCACCACCACCAUCUUCAUCAUCUCCACCACUUUCCCUCUCCCCUCCUCCACCUUCUAUUUCCAAGUCACCACCUCCUCCUACACCAACAACUCCUCCCUCAUCACCUUCAUCGCCAUCUUCCUCCUCGUCUCCUCCCCAUGUUUCUAAGUCACCACCACCACCACCACCAUCCCUCUCUCCUCCAUCUUCAAUUUACAAGUCACCACCUCCUCCUACACCACAAACUCCUCCCCCGUCACCUCAAUCGCCAUCUUCCUCUUCAUCUCCUCCCUAUGUUUCUAAGUCACCACCACCAUCUUCAUCAUCUCCACCACCUUCCCUCUCCCCUCUUCCACCUUCGAUUUCCAAGUCACCACCUCCUCCUACACCAACAACUCCUCGCCCGUCACCUCCAUCGCCAUCUUCCUCCUCAUCUCCUCCUCAUAUUUCUAAGUCACCACCACCAUCUUCAUCAUCUCCACCACCUUCCCUCUCCCCUCCACCACCUUCUAUUUCCAAGUCACCACCUCCUCCUACACCAACAACUCCUCCCCCAUCACCUCCAUCGCCAUCUUCCUCCUCGUCUCCUCCCCAUAUUUCCAAGUCACCACCACCACCACCAUCCCUCUCUCCUCCAUCUUUAAUUUACAAGUCACCACCUCCUCCUACACCACAAACUCCUCCCCCGUCACCUCCAUCGCCAUCUUCCUCUUCAUCUCCUCCCUAUGUUUCUAAGUCACCACCACCAUUUUUAUCAUCUCCACCACCUUCCCUCUCCCCUCCUCCACCUUCUAUUUCCAAGUCACCACCUCCUCCUACACCAACAACUCCUCCCCCAUCACCUUCAUCGCCAUCUUCCUCCUCGUCUCCUCCCCAUGUUUCUAAGUCACCACCACCACCAUCAUCCCUCUCUCCUCCAUCUUCAAUUUACAAGUCACCACCUCCUCCUACACCACAAACUCCUCUCCCGUCACCUCCAUCGCCAUCUUCCUCUUCAUCUCCUCCCUAUGUUUCUAAGUCACCACCACCAUCUUCAUCAUCUCCACCACCUUCCCUCUCCCCUCUUCCACCUUCGAUUUCCAAGUCACCACCUCCUCCUACACCAACAACUCCUCGCCCGUCACCUCCAUCGCCAUCUUCCUCCUCAUCUCCUCCUCAUAUUUCUAAGUCACCACCACCAUCUUCAUCAUCUCCACCACCUUCCCUCUCCCCUCCACCACCUUCUAUUUCCAAGUCACCACCUCCUCCUACACCAACAACUCCUCCCCCAUCACCUCCAUCGCCAUCUUCCUCCUCGUCUCCUCCCCAUAUUUCCAAGUCACCACCACCACCACCAUCCCUCUCUCCUCCAUCUUUAAUUUACAAGUCACCACCUCCUCCUACACCACAAACUCCUCCCCCGUCACCUCCAUCGCCAUCUUCCUCUUCAUCUCCUCCCUAUGUUUCUAAGUCACCACCACCAUUUUUAUCAUCUCCACCACCUUCCCUCUCCCCUCCUCCACCUUCUAUUUCCAAGUCACCACCUCCUCCUACACCAACAACUCCUCCCCCAUCACCUUCAUCGCCAUCUUCCUCCUCGUCUCCUCCCCAUGUUUCUAAGUCACCACCACCACCAUCAUCCCUCUCUCCUCCAUCUUCAAUUUACAAGUCACCACCUCCUCCUACACCACAAACUCCUCUCCCGUCACCUCCAUCGCCAUCUUCCUCUUCAUCUCCUCCCUAUGUUUCUAAGUCACCACCACCAUCUUCAUCAUCUCCACCACCUUCCCUCUCCCCUCUUCCACCUUCGAUUUCCAAGUCACCACCUCCUCCUACACCAACAACUCCUCGUCCGUCACCUCCAUCGCCAUCUUCCUCCUCAUCUCCUCCUCAUAUUUCUAAGUCACCACCACCAUCUUCAUCAUCUCCACCACCUUCCCUCUCCCCUCCACCACCUUCUAUUUCCAAGUCACCACCUCCUCCUGCACCAACAACUCCUCCCCCAUCACCUCCAUCGCCAUCUUCCUCCUCGUCUCCUCCCCAUAUUUCUAAGUCACCACCACCACCACCAUCCCUCUCUCCUCCAUCUUUAAUUUACAAGUCACCACCUCCUCCUACUCCACAAACUCCUCCCCCGUCACCUUCAUCGCCAUCUUCCUCUUGGUCUCCUCCCUAUGUUUCUAAGUCACCACCACCACCUUCCCUCUCCCCUCCUAUACCUUUUAUUUACAAGUCACCACCUCCUCCAACACAACCAACUCCUCCCUCAACACCUCCAUCACCAUCUUCCUCCUCGUCUCCCCACAUUUCUAAUUCACCACCACCACCUUCAUCAGCUCCACCACCUUCUCUCUCCCCUCCUCCUCUUAUUUACAAGUCACCACCUCCUCCUGUACUAACAACUCCCCCAACACCUCCAUCGUCAUCCUCGUCUCCUCCCCAUGUAGCUAAGUCACCACCACCAUCUUCAUCAUCUUCACCACCUUCCCUCUCUCCUUCUUCGCCUUCUAUUUAUAAGUCACCACCUCCUCCUACACAAAUAACUCCUCCCCCAUCACCUCAAUCGUCAUCCUCCUCCUCGUCUCCUCCUCAUGUUUAUAAGUCACCACCAUCCACAUCAUCUCCACCUUCUAUUUAUAAGGCACCACCGCCUCCUUUAUUAUCUCCUCCCCCCUCUUUGUCAUCUCCACCGCCACAUUCAAUAUCACCUCCUACUUACAUUUAUAAGUCUCCUCCACCGCCAUCUUCAAUAUAACCUUCUCCUUAUAUUUAUAUAUCUCCACCAUUAUCUUUAUCACCUCUUCCUCCUUAUAUUUACAAAUCUCCACCAUCACCACCUUCUCCCUCGUCUUUCCCUCCAUAUAAUUACAUGUCACCUCCACCACCUUCUCUUUCUCCUCCAACACUUUACAACUCUACAUCUCCUCCCCCACCAUCACGAUCACCUCUUCCCCCUUACAUUUAUAAAUCUCCACCAACUUUCUCCUCUCCUCCAUCAUCGUCUCUAUUACCUUCUCCUCCUCCUUAUGUCUAUAAAUCUCUAUCACCACCUCCUUAUAUUUACAAACCUCCUCCAUCACCAUUUACAUCACCUCCACCUCCUCUUUACUUGUCUCCACCACCAUCAUCUUUGUCACCACCAUCCUCUUAUCUUUAUAAAUCUCCACCACCACCUACACUCUCCUCUUCCCCUCCUUACAUUUGUAAGUCUCCACCAUCCUUAUCUCCAUUUCCUCCUUUCGUUUAUAAAUCUCCAUUGCCACCAACACCAUCAUCUUCAUCACCGCCUCCUCCUUGCAUUUUAAAGUCACCAUCGUCCCCAUCAUCACCUUCUCUUUGUAAAUCUCCACCACCACCUAUCCCCUUCUCUCCACCUCCUUCCAUUAACAAGUCUCCGCGACUACCAAUAUUAUUAUCUCCGCCACCUCCUUCUUCUUAUGUCUAUAAGUCCCCUCCACCACCAUCCCCUUAUAUUUAUAAAUACCCACCACCAACACCACCUAUCUCCUCCUCUUCCCCUCCUUCCAUUUACAAAUCUCCACCACCCUCCUCUCUAUUUCCUCCAAAUAUUUAUAAAUCCCCACCACCACCACCACCUUCUUCAUCAUCUCCUCCUCCUCCAUUAUCUUCGACACCAUCCCUUCCUCGUAUUGAUAGAUAUUUUCCACCAUCAGUUUCAUUACCCCCUCUACCUCCUCCUCACUUUUACAAAUCUCCUCUUCCUUAAAUUUAUAAACGUUCAUCUUCAUCUCCAUCAUUGCCACUCUCUUAUGUCCAUUAAUCUCUUCUUCUCUUCUCUGGUCGUUGCCUCUCUCUUCUUCAUCUCUUCUUCAUCAAUACCUCACCUUUACAUUCGCAAGUUUCCACCGCAAGUUUCCACCGUCACAGUCUCUUAUCACCUUCUCUUGAUUACCAUUGCAAUUCCCCUUCGUUACCACCUUCCUACCGACACUAACUCCCUCCAUUUUCUGUAUCGGAUUCGCCAUCAUAUUCCUAGAACUCUCUACCACAUUAUCAUAAAAUUGGCUUACAAGUCAAAGCUUCACACUACUCCUAUCUCGACAGUCCAUGAGUGCGUACUUCUACAUGAGGCUCUUUAUAUCUAUUCCCAACAUCGUUAUGUCGUCAAGUGUUUAGUUUUUGUUGCAGUGAAAUGUAUGAGUGAAUAAGAAAAGAAUCCAAUGAUUUCUUAAAAGAGUCCUCACUCUUAACACUCA